AUGCCGCCGCUGCCGUUGGACUCCAGCCCGGUCCCAGCCCCUCUCGGGGCCGUCCCCCCCCCCCGCUGCCGCCCUCCCCGGUUCCGGUACCGGCGCCACCCGAAGCCCCCCUACUCGUACCUGGCGCUCAUCGCGCUCGUCAUCCGCGCCGCCCCGGGCCGCCGCCUCAAGCUCGCGCAGAUUAUCCAGGAGAUCCGGAGCCUGUUCCCGUUCUUCGGGGGGGGGUACCAGGGAUGGAAGGAUUCGGUGCGGCACAACCUCUCCUCCAACCCCUGCUUCGCCAAGGUCCUCAAGGACCCCUCCCGCCCGCAGGCCAAGGGGAACUUCUGGACCGUGGACCUGAGCCGCAUCCCCGCGGGGGCGCUGCGCCUGCAGAACACGGCCGUGGCCAGGGGGGGCUCCGCCGCCUUCCCCCCCGACCUCACCCCCUUCAUCCUGCGGGGAUGCCGCCCCCCCCCCGGAGGGGGCCCCCCGCCCCCCAAUAAGAGCGUUUUUGACGUCUGGCUCAGCCACCCCGCGGACACCGCCCCCCCCGCGCUCCGUUGA